AUGGCUUACCAAAGUCUGAAGCUAAGCACCAGAGACUCAUUUCUUUCUUCAUGUUCGAACUCAGACCGAUCCAGUACAAAUCUGAGAUCACAAUUUAAAAAAAUUUCCGAUCAACUAGGAACUUUAACUCCUCUUGAAAAAUCGGAUAUCGCUUCCUUAGGGUCUUCAUUUUCUACAUCUUCAAAACUAAUGGGCCACCACACUCGAAAACCCCAGCGGCAUUUCACUUGCUUUACUCCAAAAUCGCCUACACUUAACUUUCAGAUCAGCCAGGAUCAAAUGAUUACUAAUAUUAUCCAAGAUUGUGACUUAAUAAAAGAUGAAAUUGUAGGUGCUUUAAAAUCUGCGACAAAAGACGCAAAGUCAGCGAAAAAAGAUGUUUUAAUUACAAGCCAAAUUGAGCGCUCUGAUAAAUUUCAUUCUUUGCUGCAUGAAGGGAUAUUUGAACAAGAAAAGAGAAAAAUAGGGCUCCAUGUCAAAUGACCGUGGAUUUUUGACAGUGUGCAUUUCAUCGAAAUCCAUUUGGUCGAAAAUUUUUGAUAGUGAGGACAUUUGGCCGAAAUUAACGGUUUUUUUUCGGUCAAAUGUCUCACUAUCAAAAAUUUUUCGGUGAAAUGGACACUCAAAAAAGCAAAGUCAUUUGACCUGCACCCGAAAAAUAGAAGAAAAUUAUAAAAAUUUACAUUAUAAUGAAGAACUCAGUAAAAAAUAUGAAAAAGUUCGAUCACUUUUGGCGCCAUCUAGAGAAGGAAAUUCACGCCUGCCAAAUAUCGAAGAAAAUGAAGACAGAAAAGACCAUUGUUUUAUAACAAAAGAAGACUUAACAGACGGUGAAACUGCUUAUAUUUUAUCUAUCAACAAAAGAUGCUUUGGUGAAAGUUUUUCACCUAAUGUAAAAGAGUCUCCUGAAAAAAUCUGCCAAAAAGCAAAAACAAUGAUAAGUGCUAAAGAAAUUUCUCCUGAAGAAACAAUUCUUACUGAUAUAAAAUCAAUAAUGUCUAAAAAGAAUGAUUUUUCGCCCAAAAAAGUUUCUUCUUCAAGAUAUUCUGGAUUUAAAUCUAAUUCAGACAGAAUUCUUGAAAAAAUAAAAAAUCAGCCUACAUCACCUUCAAUGCAACAAAAUUCGGCUGGUCUUGAUCGAAUUGGAUCGCCAAGUUUUUCCCCUAUUAAAAAGAAAAAUAGCUUGCCACAGUUAAAAUUAAAUUAUCCAGGAGUAAAAAAUAAAGUACAAGACAGUAGUCCUAAAGAAAAAUUUAAUCAGAAAAAAGGUCAUAAAGGAGAAAUUCAUGUAAAUUAUUUUAAAAAAAGAACGCUUGAUAAAAAUUUAAUGGAAGCUUUUAAAGAUAUCAAGCUGGAGCCUAAAGAUUUUAAGCUAAAAAGAAAAGUUGAGAAGUUAAUGACAACGAGGCAGAAUUUAAUUUACACAAAUAAAGAACUAUCUCUAAAGCUAUAA